UGCUAGCUGCUGGCCACACGACGCAAACGCCAGGCGCGUGUCCGCUGAGGAGGACACGCUCUCGCGCAUCAAGCAUCACGGGCCACGGCAGAGCCAUUUUAGCUGCUCAUCGCUCGCGGGACACCUGGGACGGGCGGGACAGAGACUCACAGGGAGAACCAGGAAAACGCAUGACUGUGUCACACUGUGAGAAGAGAAGCGACAUGUCCUCGCUGCUGUCCCUGGUGUAGAGAGGCUCCACCGGCGGCACUAACGUGGGGAGGACAGUGAUGACAACACUUCCCAUUUCCUAACCAGAUUACCAUGGCAUCAGGAAGAAAAGGAUCCACCUCGAAGGCCGGUGGGGUGCGUUUCCCUGACGACGACGACGAGCCCCCCGGCUCUCCGUCACGGAGAGACGACGAGUCCAACCUCAGUACCCUCAUCGCUGUGCUGGAGAAGGAUGGAGGCUACCUGGUCAAGGUGUGUGUGUGUGUAGGCCACCACUUGUAUGAGAUCGUCUUCACCGUCCCAGACGUCCCCACUCUGGGCAAAGAGCUCUCCUGCCUCCCUUCCUCCUCUCCCAGCCGGAAGUUCCCCAGCCUCCGAGUGCAGCGCAUCACCUCCACACUGGAGGGGGGGGUGAAGGUAACCUGUGAGUACAGGACUCACCAGGAGGGGGUGCUGCAGGAGGAGCUCACUCUGGCGACCAGAGGGCGGAAAGGAAGCCAACUGAAGGUCACCUUCCAGGCCAAGGUCAUCGACCAACAACAUGGGACCCCCAUGCUGAUGGAAGGGGUGAGGUGUCUCGGUGCUCGGAAAGACAGCAACUCAAGACGCAGCAGCGAUCAUGAGAAGAAGUGAUGGAACGAUAUACUCACAUAUCCUAAAUAUGUCUGUACCACAGUGUCAGAGGAGGAAGCGUGGGAACACCAACAUGUGGUCUGCAAAUAAGAAACAGCUUAAUUUGACUGGGAAAUAAUGUCUGUCACGCUUUGUUCUGUUAGUGUGGUAUUCCACAUUUUUUGUUGGAAAAUAACAGCUCAAACAAAUACUGUAGUCAAGAUAAAUAUACAAAAUAUAUGCUGAUCAUGAAGCAAAAAGCUAAAGUACAAAUGACAAUCGCAAGUACAGUACACCAGCAGUCAUCACUAGCAGCUUACACACACGCACACCACACACACACACACACACACACACACACACACACACACACACACACACACACACACACACACACACACACACACACACACACACACACACACACAAUAAGCCACUGCCUGGAAAAUAAAUUCAUGAUCAGCACCACUCAAUUAUUUGUCUAUAUUAUCUUUUAACCAAGUAAAGACAGUAGGCUUGCACAAUGAUGCUGGUGCAAAUAUCAAUGUUAUUAGAGUUGUAAUGGGGGUCUGUGGCUGAUCACAGCCAGUCAUUACCGGUUAAAGUCUCAGAGGCUUCAGAAAUGAUCUUAUGUUUUAUUUUUUAUUAUGUGUUUAUCAGGCAAUACACUUAACUUAAAGGGCCCGUGUCAUGCUUUUCCGGUUAUUACCCGUCCCCUUGUGUGUUAUGAAGGUUUCUAUGCAUGGAAACGGUCUGCAGAGUCAAAAACCCUCAAAGUACACCCUGUAGCGAGUAAAACUCUAACAC